GCUCAUGAAUAAUCAAUGAGGCCCCCCCUGGGCGGGGGCGAGACGCUCCUCAUGAAUAAUUCAUUACCUCCCCACGGCUUGUGCGGGCGUCCAUCCUCUCUCUCUGCGCUUCAUGAAUAUGCAAAGAAGGGGCGAGCUGGGGCUAAGAGACCCCUGGCGGGUCCCGCCCCCUCAGCGCCCGGCGGGGCAGGUGUUCUCGGUCCGCUUGCCUUCCGGCUGCCGGCGGCGCGUCUCUGCCGCCGCGUUUCCCGCCCUUCCGAGGGCUCGCCCCGUGCUCCAGGGCCUGAGGGACCCCCGCGGAGCUCGCGGCGCCGCGAAGGACGGAGAGGCGCGGGGCUAGACGAGGACCCUAACGGCCUUCAGCUCGGGGCGCCCGGCUUGCGCAGCGGGUACGUCGAGGACAGCCUGCCCGCCGAGUCCGUGGAUUGUCUUUUCAUUUUUCUGAAAGAGUCUUCUGACAAACAGUUUCUAAUGUGUGUUUACUGAAGUGAGCAAGGAUUUGCUGCUAUUUGGAGCCCGAGUGGCAGAUGAGACCAACUUCUUGGGGCACAGUGUGAAUUAAACCCUGAAGGCUGCUGCAGCGGGAUGCCCAGACCACACGUAGACCACCUCCACACCUGCAGAGUUGAGGGGAGCUCAGUUUGGCAGGUACAGGAAAGAGAAGUGCCGUUGCCUUGGAGCAGGGCAGGCUGCCGGGAAAACAAGCAGGAUUCCUGCCUCCUUCACCUUCAGGCUACCCUGGAAGGCAGCACCGACUCCCAGCUGGCCCUGACUCAGGAGAGAUUGGGUAUGUACCGGCAGUGGCUGGGAGUGUGGCCUCUGGAGGCAAAGGACCUGGACUCAAACCAUGGCUCUGCUGCAUAGUUGCUGUGUCACCUUAGGCAAGGGGAUUAAGAGAGAUGUUGUCUCAGUCACCUUAUUUUCAAAUCAGGAUAUAAUAGUACUGACCUCACCAGGCUGAGAGAAUUAAAUGUUAAUUCAUGGCAAGUACUUAAAUAGUACCUGGGCCAUAAUAAAUCUUAACUGUUAUCUUGUACAGAAACCUCAAAUAGCUAUAGAACUGAGACCAGUGUUUGUCCUGAAAGAGACUUUCGGACCUUUUAACAAAUAUUUCCUGCCUUCCCUUAUUCGCUAAGCAGAGCACUCCGGCUCAGUUCCCCAAACCGGCCCUCCUGCCUUGGCUCAUGCUGACCCAAUACCACCAUCAGUCGCUGUCCCUCAAGGGCAGGCUCUCUCUGGUCAGAUGAGUCCAUGGACUGUCUUCUUUCUUUGAGCCACAUCUAACUAGUUAGUGUUCAAGUUGCUGUAGCCACUAGGUUGUGGAGGCAAGCUGAAGUCAUCAGACAUGAAAAGUAUCCUCCAAGUGACCACUUAUAAAAUUACAUCCAUCACAGCUCAUCUCUCCUGUCUCUGCAUCUAAGAUUGUGAGUUGUUCUAAACUUCUGACAUUGAAAAUACAACAAAAAUAGGUACCAAAGUACAAUUAAAGUUUUGCAAAACAUGUAGAAUUUCAUAGUCCUUAAAGUAUUGUUGGUAAACUGCUCAAAUGAGAGCAGUCAUUGCAAAUGAGGAUCUGAGAGUCAGACCCAUUAACAAAUGAAGAGAAUAGCUGCAUAUAACCAAUUAGAUGCUUCCUGGGGGAUGAUCUGAAUAUCAAAGGUCUAAAGGAUUGAGAGACCCUCAGGAAAACAGAGGCAGCCCUUGACUAACUUUUGCAAAAAGGACCCUGACUGAUUGCACUGUGGGAAUCAAACAUGAAAUGAUGUCCUAUUGUGCAAUCAUGUAAUUUUAGGAGGGAAAUAUACAUAAAAUAUUUUUUGGUCUAAGAAUUAGCCUAUAGUUGCAAUAACAUUUUGUUAACAGAUACUUAUUUUAGUAGUUUCAUUUUGCAAGAUAACGUUCCAGUUGAACCUUUUUCACUAUUUACCAUAAGAAACUCUGGUCUCCAUUUUAAGUGGGUUGACUCUAAGAGGCUUUUUCAGGUCCCAGUUCUUUUUGGAUAAUGAGAGCCUUUUAAUUUAUCUGCCCAAUCUUCCCUAACAGACGGCACACUCUUGAGGGCAAAUGCCAGAGACAGAAAUGCCAUGUCACCUCAUGAGGCAGUGAGGGCGGGGAUGCAUCUAAGUCACCAGUGAAGCCUGUGCAGACCAACAGCCCUCAAUUACUUGUUAAAUGAACGAGUCACCCAGUGUAUCCAGAGCUGUUAGAGGCAGAGACCCAUGGCUGAACCUGUUAGGGUCCCCAGCAAUGAGGGGUGACUGUGUGACCUCAGACACUGUCUCUUGUCCUCAGCCCACUCUGGGCUUUUCAGGCAUUGGCAGUGACCUCUAAAAACCUGGAGUGCUUUGAAGGGCAGGGCUAUGUGGAGGAUACGAGAGUGGCCAGGGUGAUCUCCUGCUGCCACCCCGCUGCCCUCCCCAUCAGGCAGCACACAGGAGCCGUAUGCAGUGGCUACAGGUGCCCUGGUUCAUUCCUGCCUGAUGUGGUUCAGAACUUCCUAUGACUGUUACUGAAACCAAAGUGGGUUAGCCUCCUGGCAAGUUAAAUCAGACUCUCCAUCAGAAGGAGUUGUCACACAAAGUAAAGUAUAUUAGCAGCAGCAAAUAGGAGGCCAUGUGGAAUCAUUUCCAAAGUUGUGGCGUCCCUGAACAAAGCAGGGGCUUUUUAUUUUGGAUGGGGAAUGAAUAUUCAAAAGGGGAAAGGUGGGUAUUCGCUUGGGCAGGCUCAGUUGGAAAACAUGCUUCCGCGUACACUGCAGGUUAUGGUAAUAAGGCCUAAGCUCAUUCCGAGGGGAGAUCCUAGCAUUAAAAAUAAGGCUUAGUCUUGUGAUUGGUGGUUGGUGAGCACAUCUCUUAAAUGCUUUCAAACCCACCCUUGAGUUCCUUGGGGAAAUUAGUGACACCUUGAGCUUCAUAAACAGACUGAAUGAUGGUACUUUUCCCAGUCCUAGGGAAGGUGGGUGGGGAUUUGGGGAGGAAUUCAACUGCAAUCUGGAAAGAGGAGGUUAACUUCCUACUUGGGGGUGGGGGAAAGGAGAAAAUUGGCACCAAUGUUCACCCCUGCCCCGGGGUGCCAGCUGCUUGGGAAGGAACUGCUGAUAUUUUGGCGCUUUAAUAGCCUCCACGCAUAGGACAAAAAGCAAGGCCAGCAUACAACCCGGGCCCAGGCCUCUGCCUCCAUCUGUGCUGCACCGAGGUAAGGCCCACCUGGCUCUGCCGCCCCUGCCCCUCAGCCUGGAGAGCUAGCCCACGUUACGGCUCGGUCUUUAGUAGAGAACCUAAAACUCAUCAGCUGUUCAGCAAAGUGAGGCCACAGCAGUCUCCAGAGUACUCGGGAGUUCUUAGAUGCCUCCUCAAGUCCAACAAGCAAUUUCUCUCUCAGCCUCCUUCCCGUUGCUUUUAUACAAUUUUAAAGCAUCAGUGCAGACCUGCAUCUGUUAAAAAAUUUUUUAACUCUUUAAUAAAAUGCAUAUAUGAACUUUAAAGUCUUUGAGUAGUGAUGCAUUUGCAAUUUAUUGUAAAAUUCAGAUCAGAAUGCUUUAAGGUCAGAAUUUUAGCUCUGUGGGG